AUGUUCAACCUACUUGGUCGCGCGGCUGUUGUAGCACUUGCGGCAAUCAGUACCGUCAAUGCGAUUCCGACUAUCUCCAUCAAAGGCUCAAAGUUCUUUGCAGAUGGAAAACAAUUCUUUCUCAAAGGUGUUGCAUAUCAAGGAACUCCGGACGAUCCACUAGUAGACACCAAACAAUGUCAAAUGGAUGCCGAUAAGAUGAAGACAAUUGGCACAAACUCUAUUCGGGUCUACCACAUCAAUCCUUGGGUGUCACAUGAUGGAUGUAUGAAAGCGUUCGCCGAUGCGGGAAUUUAUAUUUGGCUUGAUCUCGACACGUUCAAUACCAGUAUCAAAUCUACCGAUCCAGCAUGGACGGAGCCUCAAUUUAUAGAGUUCGCGAGAGUCAUGGAUGUGAUGCACCAAUACGACAAUCUGGGAGGCUUCUGGAUUGGCAAUGAGGUUAUCUUCACGAACGCAAACUCAAACGCAUCCCCAUACGUCCGAGCUGCAACUGCGGAUAUGAAAGCAUAUAUGGCUUUGAAAAAGUAUCGCACGAUUCCGAUCGGAUACUCUGCUGCAGAUAUUGCAGAAUUAAGACCUGCAUUACAGAAUUACCUCGCUUGCGAUCCAGACCCAAAGAACAAUAUCGACUUCUUUGGCCUCAAUUCUUACGAGUGGUGUGGUGAUUCUUCCUACCAAACUUCCGGAUACGCAAAUCUCCAAGCCAUGGCAAAGGGCUACUCGAUACCAAUUUUCUUCUCCGAGACAGGUUGCAACCAACCUGCCAACCGGCUUUUCACCGACCAAGCAGCUAUCUUUGGCCCAGAGAUGGUUGAUACUUGGAGUGGGAGUAUCGUUUACGAAUGGGUGGAGGAAGUCAACAAGUACGGUCUCGUCAACUAUGGCCCAAAUGGCAAAAUCUAUGGUGCAGCGCCAAUUCCAAUCCAACCCGACUUCGACAAUCUCGCAGCGCAAUGGAAAAGUGCCACACCAGCUGCAAUUGCAGAGUCUGCCUACACUCCAUCUUUGAAAGCACCAGCAUGUCCUUCGGCCACAGGAGGGUGGCAAGUCAACGGAAACAUUCCAAUGCCUACCCUCGCACCCGAAAUGAUCACCAGAUUAGCAUCAAACGCUGUCGCAGCGCCUCCAUCUGGUUCGCCUGCAUCUGCGUCUUCACCUUCUUCUUCAACAAAUGGUAUGCUCAAACCAAAUUCUUCUCCCCCUUCAGCGAGUUCUGGUUUUUUUGUUACUUCUCAUCCCAGCGGGAAGCCUUUUCCUUCCGCGAACGCAACUAGCAGAGUUCAUUCAAAUCAUACUCGUCCCAGACCUACUGCAGCACCAUCUUCCGGCCAUAAUCUCACUGCUCUAUUCCCCAAUGGCACAGUAGUCACGUCGGCUAAAGCUUGUCCGACCUGUUCUUACAGGACAUGGUCUUACAAGAUUGGCUCGACAACCGUUCCGGUGGGCUUGCCUAUUGGCACGGGAGCAACAAAGGCUUGUCCGACAUGUACUUAUAGAACUUGGUCUUAUAACAUCAGCUCUCCUUCUGCGCAUCCUACUGGCAUUUUCCCUAUUUCUUCGAAUGGUUCGCUUGUUAUUCCCACUCCUACGCCUGUCAUACCUGUUAUUUCUUCUUCUGGCGUUGCGAUUUCAUUUCCGCCUGGCGAUGUACCUGUUGUUCCGACCCCUCCAGUUGGAGGUCCACCGGUACCACCAGUUACUGUCCCAACUUCAGCAGCUGGUGGAUCACCGCCAUCAGGUGCUGUUUCUUCUCCUUCUGUUGCAACCCCCGGAUCACCAAAUGCUGGUUCUGCCACUACUCCAGUUGGUGGUUCACCACCACCGCCGGGUGCUGUUCCUUCUCCUUCUGGCGCACCUCCAGGACUACCAAAUGCUGGUUCUACUACGGACGCAAAUGGCAAUCCAAUACCUACACCACCAAUCGUUGGUGGCCCACCAGGCGCUGUUCCAUCACAAACAAAUGUCGAUGGUUCCCCAGCGCCUGUACCGUCAAUGGUUCCAGGCUCAGAGUCACCUCCAGAUGGUGUACCAGUAGUCCCAACCGUCGUCCCAAUUUUCACACCCCCAGGCGUUUCUCCCACACCUCCAGCAGGAGACACCCCCGCAUCUCCUUCUGUCAUUUCACCACCCUAUGCGCUCAAUUCAACUACAUCAUUUUCAAACACUACCGCACCCCCAAAUACUGAUCUCUUCUCCACAGUCCCUUCAGCAUCGCCGACUCUCAACUCUCCACCCGUCACACUCACCACAUCUUCCUACGUACCUCCAGCUGCGACCAGCGCAAGCGGUGCGACUGGUGCAGGCGUCACGCUCGCUACCACCACAUCCACAUCAUCAAGCGCCAGCGCCUCACCUACAAAACCACAGGCGAAUCUCGGUAACGGGCAUGGGAGUACCGCUGGUAGUAGUAGUCUGGCGGUUGGACUAUUGAUUGCGGUCGCUGGGUGGUUGUUAUGA